AUAGUUAUUCUGUGCUUUUGUAAUUUUGUUAAUGGUUUGAGUGACGCUGAGGCAAAAGCUGAAUUCACUAAAGUAGUAUUGCAAUGUACAAAAGAGUUUCCCGUCGACUUAAUGGAAUUGCUUCAACUACAGGCCCUUAAAAUGCCUAAAAAACAACAGACCAAAUGUCUACUCGCUUGUGCGUAUAGGAAAAUUAAAACUUUCAAUGACAAAGGAAUGUACGUUCUUGAUGAAGGUUAUAAGGUGGCAGAAUUAACUAAAAACGGCGAUGAACAAAGAUUAAUAAAUGGUCGAAAAUUGGCUGAGAUGUGCAGUAUUGUUAAUGACAUGGAAGUAACCGAUGGUGACAAGGGGUGUGACAGAGCGGCAUUUUUCUUUAAAUGUUUUACAGAAAAUGGACAAAAGUUGGGAUUCAAAAUGUAACCGAACGACUCGAAAACAAAAAAGUGAUGCUCCUUAUUAUGUUGCACAAUUAAAAAACUGCCUUUUCAUUCCUUUUAUUUUCAAUAACAUUUAACGAUUAACUUUAUAACAGCAAGUCAGUUCGAGGUAAUAUUUCUUAUUUCAGAGUAAAAUGUGUUUCAAUAGGUCAAAUUUUAAUACAUGGCCCUUUCCUAACAUAAUAGAAAAUGUUCAAUUAUGGAUUUUUGCUAUUAGAAAAAUAAAGGCACUUUCAUAAAGAAAUACAUCUAGCGACAUCUAUUUCUUGUAUGUGUACUAAAUCCUUUCAAAUAAAAAUGUAUGGAACUGUCAAUUUAUAGUUGUAAGAUGGGGGCAAAAGAUGUCACUGUAAUCCAAUAGUUUGAAUCACAACUGUUUUUUUAAUAUAA